CAGGCAAAAAAAAAAAACAGCCUCCUUCAAAAAGUAAAAAGCUUUGAAUGUGAAGGGAUUGGGGGCUCCGACUUCCAAUGGGAAUAUUGGCGCCUGACACGUUGCUGGAGCCUUCACUUAUUUGACUGACUCGUUACAAGUAAUUUAGUCACAUCUCAUUGUUAAAAGAGGAAAGUGUUCAGCCCGGGAUGUUACCCCUGCCCGUGUCUGGCUGCUGCUGAGGGAUGAGCCCACUAAACCUGACUUUAAAUCCACACUGAAACAUGGGGUCAACCAUUUGCACAGGGGGGGAGCUUUGUCAGAUGGACUUCAACGCUACUGUCGUAGGAUUAAUGGUGAUGAAAUAAUUUUGGUGAGUUAGGAAGAUGGAUCCAGGUGAGCCAUGAGAAUCAUGUUAUGACAACCUGUCUGGCUCAUCCUUCUCGCAGGACGUAGGGGCCAAGGUCGAUGAGCCUGACGAUGGUCACACUCCGUUGGAGUUGCUUUCAUCGCUGCCCUUGCCCAUCAUCCAUCUUUGCAGCCAUGAAUCGACAGGCUGCCCAGCUGUCUUACCACUAUAAGUCAUUCUGUGGGGACUAUGAAAGGGUCGAGACUGCUCUUGAAAGACUGGAAGCCAGCGGCUACUACUGGAGCACCUUGUCUGGCACAGAAGCAAAAAAUCUCCUAUCUGACCAGCCUGUCGGAUCCUUCCUUAUUCGAGACUCUUCAGAUCAUCACCAUCUUUUUACUCUCAGCCUUCGCACAUCUGCCGGAAUCACAAACCUGCGAAUUAAGCUUGAGGGUCCUUCCUUCUAUCUGGAGACAGUGGCAGGGGCAGAGACUCCUCACACAUUUCCUUGUGUGGUCAAACUGGUGGAGCAUUAUAUGCGACUUACAGCGACUGGAGAAUCUGACUCCAACCUGUGCUACAUUGAAGGGAACGACCAACCCGUUCCUCUCAUGCUUACACAGCCAAUGAAUUGCAAAGUGGUUUCCCUUCAGUAUUUAUGUAAAAGGACAGUUGUAGCAAACAUGCCAUCUGAAGCUUCUUCUUCAGGAGAAAACAUGGAGGAGCUACCGGUGUCUAAAAUGCUUAGAAAUGCCUUUAGAAACUAGAUAGACCCAUGCAUUUUUUUUAAGGAGGGGCAUUAAAGAAUUUCUAGAUCAGAAGAUGCCGAUCCAUUUCUUAUCUAAUCACAGUUUAACAUUGAAUGAAGUCGUUUUUUUCUUCUGAACACAGAAUACUCAAGAGAAGACAAAGACCUUUACCUGCCCGAACCUCAGAAUACUGAACAGAGAGCCGGAAAAUACUUUCCAAGGAUUUUCUAAUGUUGUAAAGAACAGUAGUGAAUUUAUUUCCUUGUGUGUUAUUAUGAAUUUUGUGGAAACCCUAGUGGCAUUUUAUGGAGAUUCUUAGUAUUAUUAAUGUAUCAAUGUUUCUCAGCCAGUAGGAUAAAGAAACGAGGACUGUGACACAACGGAAAAUAAGCUUAUAGGGAAAUGAGCACUAGAAGGCUCGAACUUAAUUGGCCGAAUAACAGCUAAUAUUUAAGAUAUUCAACCAACUGGCCUCUGGGCUGAUCAGUGUUUUAUUCAGAAAAUUGGUCUGAACGGUCAGUUUGCAUGAUCCAGAUGAUCAGUCCAAGGCCCAGUUGACUGGAUCAAUAUGUAAGUGUGGCCUAAUUUUAUUACAUGUUGGCUAAUGGCCCCAUAUAAUUGUAAUGGAGAGUUGCUAACCAUUAUGGUGGUUUGUUUUGGGUGUUCACCUCUGGUGCUUGCUUGGGACUCGCGUCUAGACCAACCCUUAUACAGUUUGGUUGAAAAAGACCAGACCAUUGCAUUUAACCAACAUACACCGUGGGUUGGUACAUAUGAUUUUCACCUCAUGCACAGAAGGAAAUUAGCUUAUUGCGUAUAAAUGUGCCAUUAACAUAUGUUUAACAUAUUAGAGAAUCCAUGCACAUCAUAACUGACGAACAUGUACAACCGCAUACCAUAUACUUCCACUAUAGACAACAUAUUCGGACAUACCCUCUAAAACAAUCUGUUAAACUGCAUUUACCUCCCAUCGUGUAUUAGAAUAAAAUAUUUGAUUUCCUUG